CCAUCCGAGCUUAGCUGCAGCCGCAGGUAGGUCGCUCACCACGCAACGUAAAAUCGUAUGACAACUAAAUAACACACUCCCCCCUCCAAAGAAAAGCUUAAGCUCAGUCCGCCUCGGUCACCUCGUCGGCGUCUACCAGAGAUUACGGCGGCAGCUCGCAUCGCAGCAAUGGAGACCGUCGCGGCGUCCGGCUACGCCCGCGGGGCCGCCACGCGCUCCCCCGCCUGCUGCGCCGCCAUGUCCUUCUCGCAGUCCUACAGGCCCAAGGCUGCCAGGCCGCCGACCACGUUCUACGGCGAGUCGGUGCGGGCGAACACGGCGAGGACGCUCCCGGGGAGGCAGUCCAAGGCGGCGAGCCGCGCCGCGCUCACCACACGGUGCGCGAUCGGGGACAGCCUGGAGGAGUUCCUGACCAAGGCGACGCCGGACAAGAACCUCAUCAGGCUGCUGAUCUGCAUGGGGGAGGCGAUGAGGACGAUCGCGUUCAAGGUCAGGACGGCGUCCUGCGGCGGCACGGCCUGCGUCAACUCCUUCGGAGACGAGCAGCUCGCCGUCGACAUGCUCGCCGACAAGCUCCUCUUCGAGGCGUUGGAGUACUCCCAUGUCUGCAAGUAUGCGUGCUCUGAGGAAGUCCCUGAGCUGCAAGACAUGGGUGGCCCAGUCGACGGCGGUUUCAGUGUUGCGUUCGAUCCCCUUGACGGUUCCAGCAUUGUCGACACAAACUUCACUGUGGGAACCAUCUUUGGUGUUUGGCCCGGUGACAAGCUGACGGGCGUCACCGGUGGAGACCAGGUUGCUGCUGCCAUGGGAAUCUACGGCCCUCGCACCACUUUCGUAGUGGCCCUCAAGGACUGCCCUGGAACUCAUGAAUUCCUUCUUCUUGACGAAGGUAAAUGGCAGCAUGUCAAGGACACCACAACCAUCGGAGAAGGGAAGAUGUUCUCUCCUGGUAAUCUGAGGGCCACAUUUGACAACCCUGAUUAUGACAAGCUUGUCAACUACUAUGUCAAGGAGAAGUACACAUUGCGCUAUACCGGAGGAAUGGUCCCUGAUGUCAACCAGAUCAUCGUCAAGGAGAAGGGCAUCUUCACCAACGUGACGUCUCCCACGGCCAAGGCCAAGCUGCGGCUCCUGUUCGAGGUGGCCCCGCUGGGCUUCUUGAUAGAGAAAGCCGGCGGGCACAGCAGCGACGGCAAGCAGUCGGUGCUGGACAAGGUGAUCACGGUGCUCGACGAGCGGACCCAGGUGGCCUACGGGUCCAAGAACGAGAUCAUCCGGUUCGAGGAGACUCUCUACGGCUCGUCGAGGCUCGCGGCUGGCGCCACCGUCGGCGCAACCGUCUAAGCUUCUUCUUUUUUUUCCCUUUACCCUCGCCGCAUGCCGUGAAACGAACCUGAGUAAACAAGAAGCUGAAACAGCCGUCCGUUUUAGAGUCCAACUGUCCAAGAUGUUGUGAUGCAAACUGGUAAUGCAGUGGACAGACGGGCUUGUAGAACUCUCUCCCCUCUCUGUCUCCAUGUCUCCCCUGCAAGGUAGUUUUUGUACUACUACACAGUUUGUGUGCAUGGCAACACUUGCGUCAUCAGAUGUCUGGAUGUCUAAGCCAAGUGGGCAAUGACAACGUGACCUCUCCAUC